AUGGUGCAUGGCAACUAUCUUGGUUACCAUCAGCAUAUCACCAACGACGACCUGCACGAGUUGCUCAAAAGUCACUACGCGUUGGAAGAAUCGGUGGUGGCGAUACCGCAAGAAACAGCCGAAGAGAGACGUGCUCGAGAAAUAUUGGAGCGUACAACGAGACGAGUCGGAGAUCGCUUCGAAACUGGGUUGUUGUGGAAGAAUGAGGAUCCACGGUUCCCGGACAGCUUCCCAAUGGCCCUGCGAAGAAUGAAGCAGCUGGAGAACAAACUCGGCAAAAAUCCAGUGCUGCAUGAGAACGUUUGCCGACAAAUAGAGGAGUACCAGCAGAAAGGGUACGCACAUGUCGCCACUGCCGAAGAACUGGCAGGUACCCCUUCCGAUCAAACCUGGUAUCUGCCUCUCAACGUCGUUCAGAACCCGAAGAAGCCAGGGAAGAUCCGUCUCGUUUGGGACGCUGCCGCGACGGUGAGAGGUGUUAGUCUUAACUCUCAGUUGCUGUCAGGACCGGAUAUGCUCGUUCCACUGGUCAAAGUCCUCUCCGGUUUCCGCGAAUGGCGAAUUGCUUUCGGUGGCGACUUGAAGGAGAUGUUCCACCAACUACAGAUUCGCCCCGAGGAUAAGCAAAAGCAGCGGUUUAUCUUUCGGAAAUCUCCGGAAAAACAACCCAGCGUUUACGUCAUGGACGUAGCGACAUUCGGGUCGACAAGUUCCCCAUGCUCGGCGCAGUUCGUGAAAAACCGGAACGCGGAGGAGUUUGCUGCACAAUAUCCGGAGGCAUCGGCGGCGAUUAUCCACCGUCAUUACGUCGACGACUAUUUCGACAGCGUCGACAAUGUGGAAGCGGCCAUUAAGCUGGCGAAGGACGUUAGAUUGGUCCACCUGAAAGCAGGAUUCGAGAUCCGGAACUGGGUGUCGAAUUCGCCAACGUUUUUACGGAAUCUGGGGGAAGAAAAGCCGGCUGUACCGGUACACUUCUGCCGUGACAAGCAAACGCUGAAGGAAAGGGUUUUGGGAGUAAUUUGGGACCCUAAAGCGGAUGAGUUUUCAUUCUCGACAAUGCAUCGGGAAGAGUUGCAGCCGUACCUGCUGGAGGGAAAGCGACCGACAAAACGGCUUGUCGCAAGCUGUGUGAUGGGGUUUUUUGAUCCGCUUGGGUUGCUGUCACCAUUUACCAUCCACGGCAAAAUUAUCAUCCAGCAUCUCUGGCGUUCCAAUUGUGGAUGGGACGACGAAAUCGACGAAAAAUCCUGGACGUUGUGGCAGCGAUGGAUAAAUUUGUUGCCGGAGGUCGAAACUAUCCAAAUUCCUCGCUGUCAUCUCGGAGGCGCCAAGUCCGCCGAAGUCGACUCACUGGAAGUCCACAUCUUCACCGAUGCCAGCGAACACGCAUACGGCUGCGUAGCCUAUUUGCGAGCAGUAAUUGAAGGUGAGGUCCGCUGCAGCCUGAUGAUGUCCCGGGCCAAGGUGGCCCCGAUAAAGCGGCAGUCGAUUCCCCGUUUGGAGCUGAUGGGUGCCGUUCUGGGGGCUCGUUUGAGCCAAACAAUUCUGAGCACGCACUCGUACCAGAUCGCCCGCACAGUUAUCUGGACGGAUUCCCGCACCGUAUGUAGUUGGCUCAACUCGGAUCAACAUCGCUACAAGCAAUUCGUUGCAUUUCGAGUCGGCGAGAUUCAAGAGCUGACGAAGGUUGCGGACUGGCGAUGGAUUCCGACCAAGCUGAACAUCGCAGACGUGCUGACAAAGUGGGGUCAAGGUCCACGCUUACAAAGUGAUGGAGACUGGUUUUGCGGACCCUCGUUCCUAUAUCGGCCACAAGAAUUGUGGCCAACGCGCGAAGUAGGUUCCGAAGAGACUAACGAAGAAGCUCGAGGUGUCGUCCUAUUCCACGGGACGAUCAACGUCGAACCGAUAUCCAGCUGGGCGAAGCUACUGCGAGUGGCAGCGACUGUGGUACGCUUCAUCGCCAACUGUCGGCGAAAGAUAAGAGGGGAGCCGGUAGUCACUGCACAGGCUACAGCAAAGCAGCAGCAGCUGAUGAAAACGAUGGCGGCAAACUACGAAUCCGUCGAAGCGCCUCUUCGGCGCGAAGAGCUCCAGCAGACGGAGACAAUCUUGUGGGGGCAGGCUCAGUGGGAUAGCUUUCCGGACGAGAUGAGCCAACAAUUUGAAACAACGGCCGGGAGCGCGGAUGGAAACCAUCAAGAAAAGUAG